UUGGAUGACCCGCGUCAUCAGGCCUCCCACUGAAGCAACAAAACGUAAGGGCGGUUCGGUCGAAACGCAAAAAUGGCGAAUUUGAGUCUGACCUCUGCAAUGAAGGGAUGCUCUGUGUUGCUUCUGCUAAUUGCCGCCACACUUGUUUCGGCAAAGAAGUCCGGUGAUGUCACGGAGUUACAGAUCGGCGUCAAGUUCAAACCAGCAUCUUGUGAAAUCCAAGCACACAAAGGUGAUAGGGUGAAAGUUCAUUAUCGGGGGAAACUUACUGAUGGAACUGUUUUCGAUUCCAGCUUUGAAAGGGGUGACCCAAUUGAAUUCGAACUUGGUACUGGUCAGGUGAUAAAAGGAUGGGAUCAGGGACUAUUGGGAAUGUGUGUUGGGGAGAAGCGUAAGUUGAAGAUACCUUCAAAGCUGGGUUAUGGAGACCAGGGUUCACCACCUACUAUCCCAGGUGGGGCUACACUUAUAUUUGAUACGGAGCUUAUUGCUGUCAAUGAUAAAGGAUCAGAUGGAGGAGACACCAAUAACAACAGUGAGCUAUGAGUAUGAUCACAAGAAUCCAGAUCAUGACCUUUUAGUAGGAGGAGAGAAUUCUAGAUUUGAUACUUUAAUUUUGUUCCCUAGUAUCUUCAAAAACAAAACAUACAUGUCUUGUACAAGUAUUUGGGAGUUGGGACACCAUUUUAACUCCUUGUUUCACUUAGGUUGAAGUGACGAGGUUAGAGAACUUAAUAUUGAUAUUUUAAAGCAAUUCAGAAAACUAAACAAAAAGAUGAAAACUAUCACCA